AUGUGCUCGCGAGUCUGUGCCUGCCUUCGCUUGUGUUUUUCCCACCCCUCCUCCUCCUUCCCUUCUCCCCUUUGCAACCUUCUGGUGGCCCUCAUGGUGGAGUUGCACAUCUUCGACUUCGACGGCACGAUCUUCUUCUCUCCGGUGGCCGACCCGAAUGCGCUUGCCGCCGCCCUUGUCACCUCGGGCGAUCUCGGCGCCGAGGAUGCAGCCGCCGCAGCAAAAAGGCUGCACGGCGAACUACGCUGCCCCGUGUCCUCCGGCGGCCUAGGGUGGUAUCAGAGUCUUUCGACGCUGUCGCCACCGGCAGUGCCGGAGCGGCCGGCUGAGGCGACGUGGUUUGUGGAGCCCAUUCUUGCACACAUGCGCGCCAUUGUCAAGACCCGCAACUCUUUGACGAAGGAGCGCCGCCCCAACGUCGGCACACAACCAGCGGCCGCGACGGUGGACAUGCCACUCAUCUAUGUGCUCACUGGCCGGGACGUGAAGUACUACGACCGAAUCUGGACGCUGCUGCAGCAGGCUGGACUCGACAAGGAGGUGGAGGACGUCUUGCUGAAGCCGAGUGAGACGGCCGGCACCGUCAAGUACAAACUGAACCGAUUUUUCUCCUUGAUUCAGUACCACCGACCGGCGCGCGUCUUCUACUAUGAAGACCGUGUCGAGCAGGGUAGGGUGCUGCUGGAGGGGAUGCGGGCGCUGGAGGAGGUACUGUACAGGGACGUCGGCGACAAGCACAACGGCACCACCAGCGGAGGUAACGGCUACUGGAAGGCAGAUCGCGUCGGUGUCGUGACGUUCGACGUCACGGGCGGCGCUGCAGAGGACACCAGCACGACGACACCUCCGCCGCUAACAUCCUUGAACACUCCGCAACCCGCGGUAGUGCCGUGCGCCGAACGCGACGGGGCCACCUGCCAAGGCACAGACGGCAGACACGCACACCUGUCGCCGAUAGCUUCAUCUCUGCGCACUAGCCCGUAUUCCCUGCUUCGCGACGCGUGCUACCCAGUGGACCGGCGCGUCCUCUUCGGCUCAUCUUCUCCGACAGACACCCUUCCGGAGGCGAAGGUCUCGGCGGCGCUGGACCAAGCAGAGCGACAGGCGCGGCAGUGGGUCGAGAGAACGGUUCAGUUCUACAACUCAAAGAGCGCCUGUCAGGACCGGGGUCGUGGACAGGGUAGACGACCGGUGGUCCGUGGAAAGCAGAGCUCGGCCGCCAUCACCACCACUGCUUCCGGGUCCAAGGCCGAUACGGCAGCGGUCUGCGACGCACGUGCCUUGCGCGCUGCCGUCUCCUUUGCUGUCCCUCCCCCGUUUGUGUUCGUGAUGGUGCUCGUGCCUCCUGCCUUGCGUGGCCGCAGCACGAGCAUUCUGAGCGGGGAGCAGCUUGUGGCCGUGCUGCGCACACUGGAGGAGGAGAAGCGGGCGUCAGACAAGGCGACGGCGGCUUAG